AUGAAGCGAGCUCACGAGGAUAUCUCUCCUGCAGCAGCCAAUGGAGACCCGCCGAGCAAUGCCUCAGAACCAGUCGUAGCCGAAAACGGAGGUGCGGAAAGUGAGGGGCAGGGCGCCGCAGCAGCAGCAGCAGGACAAUCUUCGGCAGCAGCAGCAGCCCCUGCUGCUGCUGCUGCUGCUGUGGCGGCGGCGGCGGCGGCGGCAACAACGGCGUCUGUGGCAGGGGGGUCGGCCGCGGCGCAGCAGAGGAAGAAGUGCCCCUACCUCGACACGAUUAAUCGCAACGUGCUUGACUUCGAUUUCGAGAAGCUGUGCAGCAUCUCCCUGUCGAACAACAACGUGUACGCGUGCCUGGUGUGCGGGAAGUACUUCCAGGGCAGGGGCCGCAACACUCACGCCUACACCCACAGCGUGCAGAACGGGCACCACGUCUUUAUCAACCUGCGGACUUGCCGGGUGUACUGCCUCCCGGACUCGUACGAGGUGGUGGACUCGUCCCUGGAGGACAUCAAGAGGGCACUCGACCCGAGGUAUUCUCCGGAGUGCAUCGCCGCCCUCGACAAGAAUACAACGUUGUCGAGGGACCAGUACGGGGUGGCUUACCUGCCGGGAUUCGUGGGGCUCAACAACCUCAAGUGCACGGACUUCGUGAACGUGGUCCUGCACGCGCUUGCACACGUGCCGCCCUUGCGCAACUUCUUCGUGGAGCCGGACAACUACAAGGACAGCAAGUCGACGUUGGUGCAUGCCUUCGGGGAGGUGGUCAGGCGCAUUUGGUCCCCGAGCAACUUCAAGAGCGCCGUGUCCCCCCACGAGUUCAUUCAGGCGGUUUCCUACGCGUCCAAGAAACGGUUCCGGCCCGGGGUGCAGGCGGAAGCGAUCGACUUCCUGGCUUGGUUGCUCAACUCCCUCCACCAGGGAUUAGGCGGGACGAGGAAGGCCGGGAGCAGCGUGGUCUUCCAGACAUUUCAGGGGCUGGUGGAGGUCGAAACCCUCACCAAGAAGAAGGCAACAAUCUUGGACGAUGACGACGAGGAGGGCGGGGGUGGAGCAGGGAACGCUCCUGGGAAGGCAGGGGCGGCGGCGGCGGCGGAGGACGAGCUGGUGGGUUUCGACGAGGCCGACUGGGACAAGAAGAAGGCGGAGGUGCCCUUCUUGCACCUCACCCUCGACAUCCCGGCGACGCCUCUCUUCAAGGACUCCCAAGGGGGCAAUAUCAUCCCGCAGAUCCCGCUCUUCAAGGUGUUGGACAAGUACAACGGGGAGAACUGGACGGACGUGGUGAAGGGAGGGGUGCUAACCCGCAAGCGAUACGUGCUGCGACGAUUACCCAGGUACCUGAUCUUCCACCUCGCCCGCUUCACCAAGAACAACUUCUACGUGGAGAAGAACCCGACCAUCGUCAACUUUCCUGUCAAGAACCUAGAGCUCAAAGACUGGCUGCGAGCCGAAGACCCCGGUCUGCCCAAGGAGGAAGACUUGGCGGGCAUGUCGAUCAAGCAGCUCAAGGCACACCUCAACAAGUACUCCAUUUCCAGCGAGGAAUGCGUCGAGCGCAGGGAGUUGGAGGAGAAGGUACGGGAUACGCUCAUCAAAACCGUGCCCGAGCUCCUAGCGACCAAGUACAACCUCCUGGUCAACGUCUGCCACGACAGCCCCCCAGGGCAGGGCAAGGAGGGGCAGACGGACCCCCUCUCGGCCGGCUGCUACCGCGCUCACGUCCAGAACAAGGCCACGGAGCAGUGGUACGAGGUGCAGGACCUUCACGUGCAGGAGACCAUGCCGCAACUCAUCGGUCUCAGCGAGAGCUAUAUCAUCAUCUACGAGCGGAAACGCGGAGUAUGAUAACGGUACAAAAUAGUUGGUCGCAUUUUUUCGUAAGGUACAAUAGAGCGAUAUUUUUUUUGUCCUUUGGUUUUAGGACGUAGGAUUGGGACGCUGCUGUCGAAGACCCUCGCGCCUCUCAAGCAGGUCUAGAGAGGCGCAUAGAAUGAGAGCAAGAGAGAGAGAGAAAGAGAGAGAGAGAGAGAGACACAUGGGCGAGAGAGCCAGAGAAACACAUAGCACACACAGAGAGACAGAGAAAGGGUAUGUUCCGUGUUGUAGCGACGGGGAAGUGGAGGAGGAGAGAGGAUACCAUUACCGUCCCUUUGUCGGCGCCCUAGAUGCCGGAAGUACUGACUGAUUGUCUCGGCGAGUCGGCGUCAUCGACGCGGGAACGACUAACUUGGCCGACCUGCUUGGCGAGAGCUGCGCCCUGCCGCCACUGACGGUUGAGGCGCGAGAGAACCGGAACACAAAAUAUUGUAACAAGAACGAGUUGAUCGUGUAAAUGGGAUGCAAGUUCACGUUUCCCCUUUGCCGUGGAGCAGUGUAAAUGUGGGCUGCCGCUGCAGAUGGUGAAAGGCUGUUGCCCAAAGGGGAGAAGAUUGUGGAUUGUGUGGCCUACACCGCGCAUGGAGAGAGUUGUGUGGCGUUGUCGCUCAGCACCGAGGGAGUAUGGUGCCCCGACGGGAGACGAUCGCUGAGGGCGUCGAAACCUUGCUGUGGCGCGAGAGAGAUGGGCACGAUCAUUAGUCCUUUUUUUAUUGGUCUGGGGGCGGUUCCUCGCGGGCGACCGCACAGCACUCAGACAGGCCUUUGAGUCGAACCACCCCUGGAGUGUGGCGCUGUCAUGGCGAGCCGGCCUGGAUCGGAC